UUCUGUUUGAUUUGGGGGAAGUGCUCAGUAAACCCCGAAGGCUUUAAAAACAACGGGAAUUUACUGUCUGUUUAUGUGGGUCACAGGACUGAGCGAGAGGGCAGAGAUAGAUUUAGUCUUUGCAGCCAGGGAGGGACAAUGUGUUCGCUCUCUUUGCUAUGGCUGUACGUGGCCCUGCCAGGUGUGCUGUGGGCCUCACAUACCACUCUGAUGGUGGAAGGGGACAAUGACGCCUCUAAGAUCUGCAAACCCGCCCCUCACUGGGACAUUAAGGGACAGACUCCCAUGCAAGAGCUGCUGGGAAACGUGGUAGUGGUGGCGCUACUGAAGGCCAGCUGGCAGUUCUGUCUCACUCAGGCCUACAAUAUUGGAGGCCUGCGUGACAAGCUGAGCCGCAGCAACCUGACAGAGGUGUCCUUCAUGAUAGUGAACGAGCGAGAGGCUCGCUCCAGGGCCAUGUAUUGGGAGCUGAAGAGAAGAGCGCCCUCUGGUGUUCCUGUAUACCAGCAGGCACCCUUUCAAAAUGAUGUGUGGGAGGCUCUAGAUGGUGACAAAGAUGACUUCCUGGUCUAUGAUAGGUGUGGUCUCCUCACCUUCCACAUAGUGCUACCUUACAGUUUCCUGCAUUACCCCUAUGUAGAGGCUGCAAUCAGAGCCACUUAUCACAAAAAUAUCUGCAAUUGCUCUGCUAAUUCUACUUUCUCAAGUGGCACAAAAAGCAGCAUGAAGAAUGAGACAGCACCCCUGAACAGCAACAAAACAACUACAUUACCCACAAUUCAGUUGGACGCUGAUGAUCCAGAGGAGGGAGACAGAGCACCUGGAAUACAUCAACACACCCCUGAUCAUCAUCGUCAUCACCAUCAGCACAGUUACCAUCAUGCCAGUCAGCAGACUCAGUCCCACCAUGUACAGGAUACAGGCCAGAAUGAAACUCAGAAUCUUCAUCCUCUCAAUCAUCAUCACUACCAGCCCCAUCCUCAGCAUCAUCACUAGGAUGUUGGUGGUGGUGUCUUUACUUACCUCUUUCAACUUUAGUUGGUUAGAAUAAGAUUAUUUAGUAUUAUAUUAUUACCAAGAAUAUUUUAGAAUAUGCAGGUAAACAGCAGUUCACUGAGCAGUCGAAUCCGUUUUGAACAGUAAUCUGACCGUGGUCUCUCUUCCAAUACUUCCACACCUCAGUCCUCCGUGUGGAUAAAGUAAGCGGGUCUGCCCCAUCCUCUCCCAUUAAUGAAGUCUAUGGUGUAAAACCUGCCUGCAGGAGGCUGUAGACCGAUGUGUGUGGAGAGACGCGGUGGACCAACAGCUACUGUCAUUCACCAGAGGAUGGUGCGAACUGCAGCUGAGCAGACCUCAGUCAGGUUACUGUCCAAACUGGAUUCAGAACUCCUCCCAGGUCAGUUUGUACUUCCAUUAAUCCUUUUUUCCUGCUGGAAAAUGCCUGGAGAUGACAUGCUGUGCUGUGUUCAUAACAGGACUUCAGAGCCAUCUUUUACUGAUACAGAUGUGUUGAAAGAAUUUGGAGAGUGACGCAAAGAUUAAUAUAUUAAUUUAGUCUAAUCAUUCAAUAUUAUAUAUCACAAAAGGAAUGCAGUAUUUUUAAUGUAAAUGUACCUUUUCUACUGGAUUCACUUAUUUUUCAGUUGCGUAUAGAAGAACAAACAAAGUGUGGAUGUAGUUAAUUUUAGUCUAAUAAACUGUAUUACAGGAUUGACCUACACUAUUGCUCAGUUUUGCAUAUUUUCUGUGUUACUUAAUAGGAUUCCCAUGGAUAACCUGAAUGUAAAAUUAACUUUUAGACUGUUAUUUUGGUUUAAAAGGAACAUACAUUUAAUCGUUACAUUUCAUCUCUAAAAGCAUUAAAACUGAGUCUUAAAUCUGUGGCCUGUGUAGUUCAUAUUAAAUAAUUUGGGAAGUAAAGUAUCCUUCUUCCUUUCCUCUUUCCUUUAUAAUAA